UUUUUAACCAAUUUCCCAUCAUGUCUGAGCAGAUCGAAAAGGCUUUCCAGAAGCAGCAGGGUAUCUUCCAAAAUGCCAAGGUAAUUGGCAAGAAGGCUGGCAAGAGCAGCCGCUGGUACAAGGAUGUCGGUCUUGGCUUCAAGACCCCUAAGGAGGCUAUUGAGGGCCACUACAUCGAUAAGAAGUGCCCUUUCACUGGUGAUGUCUCGAUCCGUGGUCGUAUUCUUACUGGUGAGAUCAUCUCAACCAAGAUGAAGCGCACCAUCAUCAUCCGUCGUGAGUACCUCCACUUUAUCUCCAAGUACAACCGUUACGAGAAGCGUCACAAGAACUUGGCUGCCCACAUCUCCCCCUGCUUCAUUGGUGUCCAGCAGGGUGACUCUGUCACUGUUGGUCAGUGCCGUCCCUUGUCCAAGACUGUCCGCUUCAACGUCCUCAAGGUUCAGAAGAAGAUUGUCAAGGGUGCCAAGAACUUUGCCAAGUUCUAAAAUGUUUCACUCUAAUUUUUUAUUUUAUUUUAGUCUUCUUCUCUCUUCUUGGGGAUAAGGAGGAAAGGGCUUUGUUUCUGUUCAGACAGUCCCUACCAUAUAUCUCCCCAUUCUCCUUUUCCUCAUUUCUUCAUCUCUUGCAUGAUUUUUUCUUCUUUUUCUUUAAAAGGAAAAUAAUAAAGGGAAACUGUCAGGGC